GGAUUGAUCAUAAACUUUUUUAAAAAAAAAUACAAAACAAAAAUUGCAUAUAUAUAUAUAUAUAUCAUCCCAUCUUCAAUAUUCUUUCUUACUCUACAACCAUAUCAAUAUAUAUAUAUAUAUAAUAGUUGUAGAGGUUAUGACUUUGAUAAAACAUAUACUUCCAUUUUCGUAAGUUUUCACUCUAUUUUCUCUCUUUUCGCUCUUAUCUCUCGCCACCUUUUAGAUCGAGGUUCUGUACAUACACUUGUAUUACGCAUCUUCCGACACCAAGUUUUCUUCCAUACAAAGCAAACUUUGAGAGGAUCAAUAUAUUGAUCAUCAGUUAAAAGAAUGAAAAUUUCGUUAUCGACAAGCUGCAAGCAAAUUGCAGUGGAGCCACCGCUAGUAAACUUUCAAGGCACAAACAACACACUGAAUUUGGAACCAUUUUUCCGGCGAAAAGACAAAGUGGUAUUUGUAAUGGGAGCUACCGGCACCGGGAAAUCACGGUUGGCAAUUGAUUUAGCCACUCGUUUUCCAGCUGAGAUUAUAAACUCCGACAAAAUCCAAGUCUACAAAGGACUCAAAGUCCUCACCAAUAAAGUCACUGAAAAAGAAUGUUGUGGCGUCCCACAUCACCUCCUUGGAAUCGCCGAUCCCAAUUCAAACUUCACUGUCGCCGACUUCCGCCGCCAUGCCUCAUCGACGAUCAACUCCAUUGUUGUAGGAAAACGAUGUCUCCCUAUUCUGGCCGGCGGCUCCAACUCCUUCAUCGAAUCUCUUGUAGAGGAGGAGCCUGAGUUUCGUUACCGUUAUGAUUGUUGCUUCUUAUGGGUGGACGUUUCGUUACCCAUCCUCAACUCGUUCGUGUCGGAACGUGUUGAUCGAAUGUUGGAAAAUGGAUUAGUUAAUGAGGUACGAAGUUUAUUUGAUCCUAAUGGAUUAGGAAAUGAUUAUGGACAUGGAAUUCGACGCGCAAUUGGAGUUCCGGAACUGGACGCAUUUCUACGCGCUGAGAUGGAUUCUGCCACUGACGAUAAAACUCGAUCUCGAAUCCUUAAGGCGGCCAUUUUAAAAAUAAAAGAAAAUACAAUAAAAUUGGCGUGUCGUCAACGACAAAAGAUUCACCGCCUCCAAAGCAAAUGGAGAGGAUGGAAUAAUCUCCACCGUAUCGACGCUACUGAAGUGUUCCUACAACUUGACAGCGAAGACUAUUCGUCUGAUAAUGCUUGGGAGACGCUUGUAGUAAAGCCAAGCUUCAAGAUCGUUGACCAAUUUCUCUCUGAAAAUAGUUUCAAACUUACAGAAAAGGUGUUUAGUGCAGUUUUUUGAAUAAUUCUUUUUCAGUCAAUUUAAGAGUAUAUUACUCAUCCAAAUGAUGGCACGUGACAACAACAGAGACAUAUCAACAUCUUUCUCUGCAUUGUGUAUUGGAGGAGUUACACUCAUCUUUAUGCAUUCAAAUUUAAUCAUACAAAUAAAAGUGUUUGUCAUGUACAAACUAUAUGAUAAGAUUUGAUAAUUAGAUAAGAUGCAUGAUAAUGGUGGUUUUUUUUAGUCUUUAGAUAUGUUUUGUUAUAGAAGUUAAAUAAAUUAAAAGAUAAAGAGUCAUUGAGUUUAUAGCGUGGAAUCUGCACGUGCGGUUACUAUCAAUAGUUUUUCUUUUCCCACGUGUGUGGAGCUGCUUUGGUGUAGUUGUGUUUGUAUUGUAAUUUUUGUUUGAAAUUUGAGAUGGCCACGUGUCUUGAUGGAUAUGGAUGAUUGGAAUAAAAUGAAAAAGGAGAUUUACUAAUUUUGGUA